AUUGGAUCACAGAGCUAUAGUUAUUGGAAAGCUGUAGUCUGAAAAAUAUCACGAAGAUGGCCGCCAAACAAUACUUUAUCGUGUUCCUGAUUGUCGCCCUGAUGGCUCUCGAGGCCAGCACUACCGAAUAUGGAUGCCCUGAAAAUGCCCAUUGGACUGAUGACCCCUGCGUGAGGACCUGCGACGACCCGUACCUGACUAACACCGCUUGCGUCGGCGCCCUCAUUCAAACCUGCCACUGUAACGACGGCUUAGUCUUCAACGCGGACAGAAAAUGUGUGCCCAUUUCUGAUUGUUAAAAUGUCAUAACGAUUUAUAAUCUUAUUCGUGAUUUUAUUAAAUGUUCAAAUUGA